AUGGUCUUCUUCCCUCUUUCCUAUGGCACCGUGACAACUCGCAAGGUCGAGAUGGAAACGUCCCGCUAUUUCGAACGCACCCUUUUCUACGAUCGCAGUCCCGCCGCCGAUGAGUAUUAUGCGAGGUCUGCCGAUAGUAUAUUCGAAAAGGACUCUAGAAGGUCGAGGAUUGAAGUCAGGGUUCAGACUUCUCUAGACGUAUCGUACUACGAAAGAGACAAAGAAGAUGGAACAACAACCGGAGCCAAGGAGGAGACCGAGGCAAAAGAUUCGGAAUUGCCUCCUAAACACGUCGGUCCUGCGGAUUCGAAGACCGAGUCUCGCGGCUGCGAAAAGGACCUCCAAUCCACGGUUAAAGAUGCAACCCUCCGCACUGAGCGCGGUCAUGAUUCAGACAGCGAAGAUGCCUGGUCGCUAUCUAGUAGAGCAUCCAGCACCGCUCUUCCGACAGCUCUAGAUCAGCAUCGAGGAUCGUGCCCACCCACCUACCCUGGCCCACCCAAACUAACUGUUGUCGAUCUUGAUACAGCGACUGUUCAAAGCUUCAUCAAGCGGACAAAGAAUGACUUCAGAGUGUUCUAUCUACGUCAGCGGCACUCCUAUAGCCGGCUCCAAAUCACGAGAGAGCUUUUCGAACAGCUUCUGAAAUCUUGCCACGUAUUUCCCCGCUUCAACGAAUAUUUGAUUGGCUUUGGCCUGAAGAACAGUGAGUCAGAGGUGGGCCCUCCAGCUCUGAAGUUCAGGCCACUCUGCGAAUCCUACAGCAACAACUAUCACGGGUUUGAGUGUUCCUAUAUCCUGCGCUACGUCGAGUUUACCCGCAGGCCAGGAGGGAAGCAGCCAUGGUCUCUUCGACAGUUCGCCGUCUAUCAUAGAUACAAACCCAAAUCCGAGACAGGCUGCUCCACCUGGAUCCUCGUGGGAGCCUCCCAGAGAACAGAAGUUCGUCUUGACCGGUACACGAGGAGUAUAGACGAUCUGACUGGCUCGAAUCCGUUUGAGUUACAUGUCAUUUUCCUUGACACGGCAAUAGCGAGCUGGAGGCCUUAUCUAGUCGAUCUAACCAAAUUGUCGAAUAAAGCCGUUGGCAUUUUGAUCGGCGAUGAGGGUGACGAUGACUUUGUCACUAUUGAGGUUGAAGAUCACCAAGAGCUGAAGCAGAUCGAAGACCAAAUUGCUGAUCUGAUACUGUGUCUUGACUCGACUCUAGAUACCGUUGACACCUUCGAGGAGAUGUAUGAACAAUUCCGUACCCAUCACAGUCCCUCUUCUGCGACGAGUGCGGCACAAUGGACGUCAGCGUAUGGGUCUGAUGCAGUGGUGUUUGCGUUGAAGGAGAAAGCGAAGGAGAUUGCAUAUACCCGCAAGAAAGCAGAGGCUCUACUUUCGAAAGUUCAGAAUACUAGGACAUUGAUCUCUUCUUUGCUUGAGAGACAGAGCGGCCACAAUCUAGACCAGCAGAUUUCUGCUCUUCAAAAGCUUGAACGGCAAGGCCAGGAUGAGAACGCCAUUAUGAGGCAGCUUGCGGAGAAGAACUCUCGGGACUCAUCUAGCAUGAGAAUUCUGACAAUAAUCACCAUGAUAUACCUUCCGUGUACAAUCGUCUCAAACUUCUAUUCGACCCAGUUUGUUGAUCAGAAGGAAACAAUAUCAGGCGGCACAAAGCUCGAAUACGCGCAAAAUGCCUGGAUCUUCUUCGCCAUAUCCGUUCCCUUGACCUUGUUCACCAUACUCGUCUGGUGGCUUUGGGUGAACUCUGAAAAAGUCGUCCGGCUUGUUCGCCACCGCGAAAGCAAACAAGAAAUUGGACCUGCUCGCAAUACUAGGGUGCUCGCAUUCAGAAAGCAGUUCGUUGAGUUGCCUCGAUGA